AUGGGUGUUUGUAAAUCAUCACUACUCCCCCAUAUCGACACGCUAGCUGGAAUCGGCUUCGUGAUUCUUACCAUUUCUUUCCUCCACCGUAUUUUCUUCAGUCGCUCGACAUUCCCCAUGAUCAGCGGUAGGAGAUUAUUUGAAAUCGGACACAAAAAUGCCCAGGAGCGCUUCGUCUCGGAUGCUUACAACAUUAUCAAAUCUGGCUUUGCUAAAUCCGCUGACGGUUUCCGACUAAUCACCGAUAACGGCUGCAAAUUAGCUCUCGCACCGAAAUACGCCAAUGAGAUUCGAAACAUUGAAUCCCUAAGCUUCUCUGAUUUCAUUGCCCGCGAGUUUCAUGCACACAUCCCCGGGUUUGAACCCUUCCGACGCGCGACUAUGAACCAUCAGCUCUUCCAGGAGGUUGUACGAACACACUUGACACAAGCGCUUGAAUGGCACACCUUGGUCCUGAAACCCAGCGUGAUUCAACUCAUCGCCCGCCUAUCGUCUAGGGUCUUUCUGGGAGAUCGGAUCUGCCGCAACACUGACUGGCUCCGGAUUGCCAUCAACUACAUGCUUGAUGCCCAUCUAGCGGCAGCUAGUCUACGUCAGUGGCCGAAAUUGAUGCGACCACUCGUCGCUCGGUUUCAUCCUUUGUGCCGGAAGAUUCGCGGCGAGCUGCAGGAGGCACGAGAGAUAAUUACGACCGUACUGCAAGCAAGACAAGAUCUUAAGGCUACAGCUAUGAGAUCUGGGCAAGCAAUCCCGCAAUACAACGAUGCCAUUGAGUGGAUGGAAGGAUGUGCUAAAGGCUGUGUGUAUGAUCCCGCAGCAGCGCAGCUGAAUUUAUCCACAGUUGCUCUUCAUACUACCUCAGAUUUGUUGACGCAGGUUAUAUACAAUCUCUGUGGAAGGGAUGAUUUGAUCUGUGCCCUGCGAGAAGAGAUAAUCACUGCGAUUCGGGAGGAAGGAUGGAAGAGUACAACAUUGUAUAAGCUUAAACUGAUGGACAGCACAAUUAAAGAGAGUCAACGACUGAAGCCGAUUGGAAUUAUUGCAAUGAACCGUAUCGCCUCCAACGACGUCCAACUAUCCGACGGAACUCGCAUCCCAAGAGGCACCACGCUUUUCGUUUCAAAUGAUCGCAUGUGGGACCCCACUUUCCAUACCGACCCAGAAACGUUCGACGCCUAUCGUUUUUUAAAGAUGCGCCAGGUUCCCGGCCAUGAGACGUCUGCGCAACUGGUUUCCCUUUCUCCGAACCACUUGGGAUUUGGAUUAGGCAAGCACGCAUGCCCCGGACGGUUCUUUGCCUCAAAUGAGAUGAAGAUUGCACUGUGUCAUAUUCUUAUAAAGUAUGAUUUCAAACUCCAGGAUGGGUGUGUUCCGCAAAUUAUCAAGCACGGGGUUUCAUUGAGCUCGGAUCCGCACAUAAAGAUUGCAAUCAAAAGACGACAGGAGGAAAUUUUUCUCGAUGAGCGGAUGGAAUGAAGUCUAUACGUUUGCAUUGGCGAACCGAUUCUAAAAAGGAUCGCUGAUGGAGCAAAUAGACUUUUUCUCCUGCUGCUGCUGCCUUUCCAUAAUCUUGGUCAUACGCCAGCGUUUUCAAAUAAACUUCAAAAGUGUAGUGAAUCUACGGUUGGUCAGAGG